UGAUGUACGCAGGAAUGCAAUAAGUCACCCUAGUGAAGUGGGUGAGGACGUCAGAAAUGAUAACAGAUCGACGCUCCCAACUGCGAAAGGAGUUAACAACUCAUACAAGAAUUAUUUCAUUAUCACGGAACGGGAGCAGCCAGAAAAUAGAAAGCCCAGGGAUCCCAGUCCCGAGGAAGAUGCUCCCAUCUACACGUUAAGUCCGCCAGAGGAUCCAGGGGAUCCUCAUCCAGAAUGUAAUUCCGCAGAACGGUACCAAAUAUCCCGGUUGGAAUGUCGGGAGAAGACUUUGCUCUACAUCGUAGCAGGAUAUGUAGUUGGCAUACUAAUGGUUCUGAUCUGGUAUUACAAAAAUCCUCAAAAGGCCUGCAUCGAUCUGAAUGGAAAAUGGGUUUUCAUUGUUUUACUAUUUCUUUUAUUGAUCAUAUUGGUGCAGAGGCGUCCAGCAAGAUGCAUUGCAGCCCUUUGCUUUGCCAGCUUAGCAAGCUACCAGUUUCGAGCAGUGAUUAUAGCCUUGGCUUUUCUCCUGGCUUGUACGGGACCCAUGAAGAAUAUCAUUCACAACAUAUGCAUUAUGGCGAACUCUGCCUCCUGCGGGCAAAAUGUCCUGAUAAAGGCUCUGAGGCUUAUGCAGCGUAUUAUAUAUGAUCCCUCACAUUCAGUGGAAGAGUCUUUUCAGGGAACACUGGCAGAGGUGCGGCUGAUCAUGAAUAAAUUAGAUAAGCUUUUGCUAAAUCUGGAGAGGCCCAUAUCUCAAAUACAUGCCACUUACAAGACCUGUGCCGAUUGGUUGGUCUUGCAAAAGGAUCAAUUUGAUUACAAGAUGGGAACUCCCUAUCAUCGGUGCUUGAGAGCAGGCAACUUGAGUAUUACACAGUGCCAAAGAGAAUUCGGCGAGAAAACCAAAGAUUGCUGUAACCAAAAGAAAUUUGCUUGGUUCUGCGAAAGUCUCAAGAACUUGAAAACUUUUUUCGAUGAUAAUCUUCAAUGGUCCCAGGUGGUGAUUGAGGAAAUAUUCCAACGUCUGCAGCUUUGCUUCAUGAAAAUACGAAAUAUUUUUAUAACCACUAUUAGCUUUGAUCACAGUUUGAAAUUGAAUUCGACAAGUUCACUAAUCGCUAACAAAGAUCAGAUAUUCGAACAGGACGUAACCAAGAACUUUGAGUUACAGAGGCACAAGUUCUUCUUUGUGUUUCUCUAUCUUGAUUUGAUUAUUUUUAUACUUCUGCUCACUGUAAUCCUCAAGUCUGUGUACUUCUGGUUCAGAUACUUGGCCAGUGACAGCUUCGAAAAUGUCUAUAUAACCAAGGCUUUCGAGAACUAUGAUGACUAUCAACAUGAGACAAUGGGACAAAGAGCCUUGCCCUUGAGCAAUUGUGAGGAGAAUCUAUAUGUGAAGAUAAAUUCGAUGCGUAUUCUGCCCAAAGAAUACAGUACAGUUUGUCGCUCGUGGAUGUUCCUGAUGAUCACGGGAAUCCAGCUCUUCUGCAUCUGCUUUGUGGACUACAGUCUUUAUAAUAUGCUGACUCUAAUAUCCUUUCAUGGACAUAUGACUGGUGGCCUUACACCUCCCGCUUAUCAGAAGAUUGUUGUUAAGGGUGGGGGUAAAAUUGGCGAUAUUUUAAGAGACCUUGUUCACGCUUUUGAGCCAAAAGGAUUUAAAAUAGAUACCCAACGAUGCCUUCCUAUCCCAGGCAAGCCAAAAUACCCCAGAUAUCUAUGGAUCCUUUUGUUGUAUUUGCUGGCCUGGUUCAUGGUCUUUUGGGAGCCUUAUGGUCUCCGCCAAAGACACCGUAUAAUGGUCUACUUCUACCCCGAGGAGUCCAACCGAAGAGUUUGCGACUUGCACUAUACCAUCUUAAAAGAAAGAAAAAAUGUUUUCAAGGAAAGAUGUCAGCAGGCACGUUUGUUGAACGCUUUUGAGAAUAACCGAACAUUAUUAGCCAGGUGUUCCUGGUUUGACAAUCUUGUAAAAGGGUGUCUAAUUGGCUGUCGAAGAAAUUUUAUUUGCAAAAACUGCACUAUUUGUAGUAAACCGCUGACCAAGUCUGAUAAUGUUUCCUGUAAUUCCCUAAACUGCAGGGGAAUCUAUUGCACCAUGUGCUUUCAGGAGUGCAACAAUUUAUGUAUUUUGUGCAGCUCCCGAUACGACAGUGAUAUCUUGGAACUUGGGUAAUAUUUAACAAAGCUCUUGACUAGGUUUUAAUCUCUUCAUGACUUUAGAAACUCCUCUGACGAUCAAGAUCAAGAUUACUGCAGCCUUGAUAAUAUAAAUCAGCAGCGGGAUAAGAAAGCAUAGUUAUAGAAUCAAAGAACUAUUUGUUUAAGACUUCUAUAUUUAGACAGGAUUUCAUCUCAAAGUUUAAGAAUUAUACUUGGCAGCUUCUUAUCAAGUCCCAUAUUGUCUAGUGGUUAGGAUAUCCGGCUCUCACCCGGAAGGCCCGGGUUCAAUUC